AUGUGCGUGUGCAGUGAAAUAGGCGGCGUGUGCAAAGAAUACUCCCACGACGCCCGGAACAGGUUCAUACUGGUUAAAUCGACGCCAAUACGGCCGUGGGGGCGGCGUCUCCGUCGCGACGACGCCACGGAAAAAAAUCCCCUGACCAGAUACCGGACAGGAGUUUCGAACGAUACUGAUGUCGAUGGAUUCGCUCGAUGUUAA